UAACGCGGAGGUAUAGGUAUAUAGGUAGCAAAAGUCUUUGUUUGUGAUGAGCUGUGUUAAGUUUAGAGACCAGAUGUAAGGCUUCAAUUUUAUACGAAUAUCAAAAAUACUCUUCUUUGCAUACGAGCGAAAACAGAUGGUUCUGAAAACAUCUAAGGAAAACGUACAUUUACAUAAUUAUAAUAUGUAUGUACGUAUCUUCAUAUUAAGUAUGUAUAAUCCGUAUAAUAUAGGUACAGAUUACGCAUGUGUCUAUUUGGUAGUUGUUUACGUUAAAUUCCUAAUUGAAAACUCAAAGAUACGCCGGUUAUUGUACUCGGCAUACUUAGGUACGUCUGAAGGGGCAAUUGCAAAUUGCUAUGUGUCAUAGCCUGUCUGCUUUUUAUAAUCAUUAUGUCCUUGUGCAUCGAAAACUCAUUCCAUUUCCAAAUCAGUAAUAAACAAACGAGCAUCGAGCUCGGACGUGUUCAUAAGCAUUUAUUUUAGUUAACUAAUUGAAUAAAUACGAAAACAUCACAUAAAUGUAAAUUAAAUAUCGCGAGUGUUUGUGUGUACAAUGUUUCUGUAAAAUUAAAUUAUAUAUUUCAUAGAGAAUCACAAGAUAUGAGCUUAGUUUUUCGCACUUUAUUGAUAAGAGCAUAAUGGAGAACGGAAACAGAAAAAAGCUCUAUUUGGUCACACUGUCAGUGUCCAUGGCAAUGAUGACACUUGGAGUGUCUUCUGCCUGGCCGACACCAGUGCUACCGAAGUUCAAGAACAACGAGACCAAUGUAGAUAUCAAUGCGUAUGAAAUGUCAACAAUGCUGGCAGUAAAUCCCAUAGGUUUUGCAGUGGGUACAUUGGCUACUGGGUACCUGGCUGACAGGUUCGGGAGGCGAGCUACUAUCCUGGGAAGUGCUAUACCUAUUGCACUUGGAUCGAUAAUCGUCGUGUUUGCUCUAAAAGCAUGGUUGUUAUGCAUUACGUCAUUCUCAUGGAGCUGUGGGACGGGAAUGGUCAGCACAGUAAGCAAUUACUACCUAUCAGAAAUUGCUGACAAGGAUGUGAGGGGUACACUAGCAGUCAUUACGGGGUUCAUGUUCAAGUUUGGGACCCUUCUGACUAUGAUUUUGGGUCCCUUCCUCCCUUAUGAGACCUUAAACCAAGUCAUGUUGGUCCUACCCUUUCUAUUCUGUGCUAUGUGCUACUGGAUCCCGGAGACGCCAUAUUUCCUUUUGAAAAAUAACAAUCUGGAAGGUGCUCGAUCAUCACUAAGGAUUUUAAGGGGAUAUAAGGAUGAGAAGGUUUUAGAAGAUGAACUGCUGGCGUUACAAGCUAAUGUAAGAGAUGAGAUGAGACACUCCACCUCUGUGAAGGAGUUAUUUACUGGAGGACAGUACAGAAGAGCUAUUAUAAUAUCUGUAGGAUUAAAGUUGACACAAAUGAUGACUGGUGCUGUAGUUAUAAGGCAAUACUUGGGGUGGAUCAUUGAAGAGACCAAGUCGGAUAUGAAGACAUCGCUCGCCCUUAUCAUCUAUGGUGCAGUCUCGUUUGUUGUCGGUAUGAUGUCUUCAGUGCUAGUAGAUAGAGUGGGUCGUCGGCCACUACUUAUCUUCUCCUACAUUGGCACCGGUGUUUCCCUGGGAGCUGUCGGCGUUUAUUUCUUCAUGCAAGAAGUUCUUGAGGUCACUACUAGCACCCUAGCCACUGUCAGCUUCAUACCACUCCUCGGCAUAAUCCUGGCCAACGUCAUCUCCACUGUAGGCUUCAACUCCCUUAUCUACAUUAUCCCUGCAGAAAUAUUUCCUAUCAAUAUAAAGGCUAUUGCUAUUACCUGUCUCAACCUCUUUUCUGCGGCCUUAGGAUUUGGUUUAGGGCUUGGAUACCAGAGAGUCAAAGACUUAUGUGGCUUGACGACUGUAUUUUGGAUCUUUGCUGCCUUCGCGUUUGGUGGGGGCGUGUUCAGUUACAUAUUUGUGAUGGAAACCAAGAGGAAGGAUCUGAGAGAGAUACAGGCAGAGUUACAAGGUGAUAAGUAUAACGUUGUCCCUCAAAAUGAUAAGUUAGAAAGUACUAAGACUAAAGACGAAAGUGAAGAAGCCACUGAAUUAAAGGAACUUAAAAGUUAAAGAUGACGACGACGAUGCGUAACUAUGUUCAUUGGAAACUGCAGCAAAUCAAACGUAGCAGACUUCCUUAAACUGUCAAACACCAAGCGGUCACCGGUGACCGCAACCUAUUGUUCUAUAAUUGUGUCUAUAAUGACGGUACUCGACGAGUUAAGGCACCUUCAAUGACAUAACGGUUUUUUUUUGAGUUGAGAGUUCAUAAAAUACAGGACAUAGUUACGACUGUUUUACUCAGUAAAUUUGUCAACAUCAUCACCAAGAUAUUUCCUUACAUCACAUUUUUAUAUUUGAAAUAGUAGAAUUAAGUGAUUCAUUGAAGACUGGUAUAGAUUUAAAUAAUCACAAACACAAUGAACACAAUAGGUCUCUAGCGCGGAUUUGUUUCGUUUUUAUACUAGUUAUUUUUAGGUCAUACGUAAAAACGGGGUUUUGGGCUCGAGUUAAACCAAAGUUAUAGUGCUCGAAGUUGUAUCCUUAAAACAAUUUGGUUGACUAUCCGAUUAAUGGUCGAAAUUACUGAUUAAAACCGAUCAAUCCAAAAUCUCCGAAUAGAUUUAAGUUUUUGACAAACAAAAAGAGACAAACGAGAAGAUAUUUUGGCUCAUUUUGGGUUGACAUCGGUUGUUCAUUUGAGACGUUAGUUGAACUGAAUGAUAGGGUGAAUGAGCCCUUAUUUAUUUUAGAUCCGAUGUCAUGUUAGGCUUUAAAGUUUUGCAUAUGUAUCUAUACAAUGCACUAGUUUUGAAAAAAGUAUUGCCUAAAUACAUAAUUCUGUUAAGUACUUCAGUAAUGCAUAAAAUGUCUAAAAGUCGAAAUAUUCAGAACGACAAAAAAUUGGUAAGGUCUCAAAAAAAAAACAACAUUAAAAUAUAUGUUAAGAGUUAAGACUUUUUAUAUAUGUAAUUAUGUGAACAUCACAACAUAUAUAACUUUUAAUAAAAAUAUUACGUAGUAUGACUUGUAUCACAUAUUGUAUAGUUUAUCAGAUAUAUUAUAUAAAUUAUAUUUUAUACAAAAAAAGAAAAAAAAAGCUUUAAUUAAACAUCUUGCUAGAACUUCGCAUUGGUGCUACCAAAAAUUGUAUUCUACAUUUAUACACAUAUAAUUGCUUAUGAAUAAUAUGGAAAUUUUAAAAAAGCUUGAG